GAGACAUGUUUGAGUGUUAAAGAGGAACUGACAAAAUUUUCUGUUCCUGGACAUGGAUGAGUUUGUUUGUAAUAAAUUAACAGAAUGGGGUCUCAGCAUGUUGAUAGAGAGAUUUGAAGAUGAAGGCAUUGACACAGAAAGUCUUUACUGUCUCGGUGAUCAGGAAAUUGAUACCUUGAUCACAAAAGUGGGAACAAAAGUAAAAUUCAAGAAGAGACUCAAGUUGUUAAAGGCAGAACAAAACCCAGCACAUCAGGAAACAGUUGAUUCUUCUGCUCAUGAGAAUGAAGAAGCAGCUGAUUCUGCUCAGGUCUGGCCCUCCACCAGUGGCACAAGUGAUAAAGGAAAGAGAAAGUUGGAUCUUCAGGGCGGGUCCAAUGAAUGUCAGUCACCAGCCAGUAAACGACGAUGUGACAAAAGACUGGGAUCAUACUCAGAAGAUAUCAUACUCUCUGAUGUGAAAAACAUAAUGAACUAUGUUCAUAUGAGACUACAAAAUGAAGACAACACAAAGCUCAAUGCUUUCCUUAAAAAUAAAAUCUGUGAUUUGGAGACAGACAAGAGGAAGCUGGUCGGUGUGUUUGGUAAAACCGGAGCUGGAAAGAGCUCUCUGAUAAAUGCUGUCAUUGGAGUGAAGAAUCUUUUGCCCUCUGGAAGUGUCAGUGCAUGUACCUCAGUCAUGAUUAAAGUGGAGGCUAACAAGAACAAAAAGUACGAGGCAGACAUUGAGUUCAUCAGAAAAGAGGAUUGGGAAGAUGAAUUGUGGUCCUUGGAUCAUAUUGUUAGGGAUAAUGAGGAUUGGGAAAAGGAUCUUGAUCAUGACACUGUUGACAGGCUGUCAGCACUGUAUGGAGAAGAAUGGAAAAACAUACCAACUAAAAACCUCAUGGACAACAAACAUUUCAGAGAAAUUCCAGAAUUUCUCUUUUCCAAGACAAAGACUUUGACAUGUGAAUCAGCUGGAGAGCUCUCUGCAAAAUAUGUCAAAUACACAAGAAGCGACUUAGAAGAGGGAGAAGGUAUAGACGUAAAGAGGUGGUACUGGCCACUAGUGAAGUGUGUGACUGUCAGGGUGCCUAAUAAUGAUCUUCUCCAGCAUGUCACACUUGUGGAUCUUCCUGGAAAUGGGGACCGUAACAAGAGCAGAGAUAAAAUGUGGAAAGAGAUUGUUGGAAGUUGUUCUACUGUGUGGAUUGUCACUGACAUUAAUCGAGCAGCAUCAGAGAAUGAACCCUGGGAGAUCCUGCAGGAUGCCAGUAGACUCAUGGGAAAUGGUGGCGAGUGUCAGCAAAUUCACUUUAUCUGCACCAAGUCUGAUCUUAUUGAAGAUUCAGAUGAUCAUUCAGCAGCUGCUGUUCGUGCUCUCAUAUUCAAGAGAAACAUGAAAGCCAAGGAAAAAGUGAUGACACAAUUCAAAGCAGAAAACACGAUUAAGAAACACUUCAGUGAUGAGUGUUUCAAAGUAUUUACAGUGAGCGCCAAAGAGUCUCUGAAAAGAAAAUAUCUACAGCGAGAUGACACUGAAAUACCCAAACUGCAGGAAUUUCUGCAAGAGCUCAAUGACUGUCACUCAGUGACAUUAAACUAUGUGUCUGGAGCUUAUGGGAUUCUCUCUCUGAUUCAAGGAGCGAGAUGCAGGGAAGUGGCUGGAAAAAAGAAAGAGGUGUGCACAGAACUUGAAGAAAACAUGAGGCAGGAACUUGAAAAAGUCAGAAAACCCGUGGAAGAGGCUUCUGAGGCUUUUGAAAAAUGCCUUACUGAGGGGGUUGAAGAUUCAAAACGUUUAUGUGAAGCAAAGUUGAAAUCCAUUUUAUAUCCUAGAAAGGCUCCAGGUCAGAGAGGGUCAAUAGGUAGCAGUUUUCACAAGACAUUAAAGUAUGUAGUUGAGAACAACGGCACCUACAAAACAAAAAAACAGAGACAAAUAAAUGUCAAUGAGAAGUUAAGUUCAUGCCUGACUGACAGCAUCGAUGAGGAAUUCAGGAAGACCUUCCCAAAUGAAGGAAAAUGUGGACCGUUCAAUGGAGCCAUCACUGCCUUUUCACUUGACACAGAGAGGCUGAUACAAAAGUACAAAGAGGUUGAACUGCACCUGACUUUUCUCCAGACAGAGGAGGAAAAGAUUAAGAUGAAACUCAACAAAAAAAUCCGGGAGCGUAAGAAAACAAUCUACAGCAGUCUGACAGAGACAAUCGAGGCAAACAUGCAUGACUGCUAUAAAAAAGCAGCAGAAUUUAGGGGACAGGGCUCACUGGAGAAGAUGAGGUACACCAUUGAGAGGCAUGUACUUGAGUCAAAGGACACCAUGUUUGAUCAGGCUAAAGAUCAUAUGUUGAUGCAACUGAAUGACUUGAAGGAGUAUAUCCUGGAAAAACUGGAGAAAACCCUGAAGGAAUCAAUUGAGUUGUCACUCAAGACAGAUGAUUACUCAAUCCCAGAUGUUGCAGCAGAGCUCGACAUGGUGAAGAGACACUACAAUGAACUGAUCGGCAGCCCAGAUGAAGAAAUGUCACUACUUGGCUCUGAUCCACCCGGCCCAUCCGCUGCUCUGAGUCUGUGACUUCAGCAGGUUUGCUCAGUGGAGAGAAGCAGCAGAGGCCUGAUGACCCACUGAAUGUCUCUGCAGGCAUGAGGUCUUGGGAUUGGUUCUCAACCAUGUUCAAGUUUUUAUUCUUGUUCUCUUUGAGUCUUGGUUUGUUGUGUACUUUGACUUUAUUUUUAUUUUAUUUUUUUGCAGAUUACAUGCAGAGAUUACAGAUUUUUUUGGUAGGAAAUUUUUGUCAUUAACUGAUUAUAGUCCAGAGGCAGGUGGCUGAUAUGCAGAGGUCCACAGCCUGAUUCAAACCAGGAACAUUGUGGUUUACAUGGUACAUGUCUAUGCCGCUAGGCCACUAUGAUGCCCCAAAGGUUCUGUUUUUUUAAUGCAUGAACAGUUUUUGUAUGACACAGUUUUUCUGUCAUGAUUUUAUUAUAUGACUUUGGUGUUGGUUGACUGGGAGAGGAGUUCUGCUGAUUUUAUGAUUGUUUAAAUUAAACCUUGAAGCUUGAAUACAAGGUGUAAUUGUAGGAUGGAUUUCACAUAAACUUUAGGUUUUUCAAGUAAUGAUCUUGAAUCAUUAUUUUACCUUCAUGUUCAAAGACAAAACCUUUGUUUACUGCAAAAUAAUUAUUUCUACGUGUUUUCGUGUGGGAAAUAGAAAUAGAUGAGAAAAAAACGACUUUUUGCUCAUUCAGUUAUUUACUGCACUAUUUUUUCAUAGUUUUUCAUUCUUAAAAGUAAUCUGCACUGACUGAAUGUUUUUGAUAUAGUAUAUUGUAUGAUAAAGCUGAUCCUGCCAUCUGUUGCUCCAAGUGACUGACCUGAUGAUUACAAAUUAGCUGACGUAAGAUGUCUUUGUAGUGAUAGUCACAAAUAUAUAAAAACCCUAGAUUUUAGAAAAGUGAAAGAGUUGCUGAAUUAAGCACUAGGCUUUGCAUGGCUGGGAGGCCUUUAAACAUGGCACUUUGGUGAUUGAUGAUUUUUCUUUUUAACAUCUGUAAACUUUGUUGAGGCCAGUCUUUAAGAUUUUUGAACUAUUUACAGUUUGAAGUUCUCUUGACUGUUUCUUUUGUCACCCUUGAUGUUGUGAGUAGAACAGCUUUUAGGGAAGAGUUAUCUGAAUGUUAAAUCUUUACUGUAUUUAUAACAUUAAAUCAAUUUUCAAUGGUAUUGCUGUUAGCUUCUGCACUUUUGAAAUAAAGUACUUUAAGUGUA